GACGUACCAUCUCCGCGGACGGGAAGGCCGACCGGGAGAUCACGAGCCCCAGCUGCCGAGCGUGGAAGUGCUACCGCCGGAACAGUGCUUCGAUGUACGACGGGCGACGGGCCAACCGCCAGCUCAAGAUCCGGCUACUCCAGGCUGAAGUGGUGGAGACUCUCCUGUAUGGGUGCGCCUCGUGGAGCCCAACAGCGGAGCACUACACAAAGCUCAAUGAGACCCACCGCCAGUUCCUUACACGGUGCAUCGGCUGGAGCAAGCGGAAACGCUCAGACCGCCCCCUGUCCUAUGCCCAGGCCCUCAUCCAGGCAGGCUGCGAGGAAACCAUCGAGGCCACCGUGCGCAAACGGAGACUGUGUUUCGCGGGCUUUGUUAUGCGCAUGGAGGACAGCCGCCUCCCCAAGCGCAUGCUGUUAGGAGCGAUGGCGGGGGGCGUGGGAUACCGGGGCGGGCAGGAGNGGACGGGGCGGCAUGGUUCAUGAGGAAAUGGCACAGGCAGGAGGCGGAAGCGUCCGCGAAGCGCCAGCGCGCGAGGAAAGCAGAAGCAGAGAGUACGACCAUCUCAGGACCGAAGAGAAAGGGACCCGGGGAAGCGGCGGUGGGGGGGAAGAAACGGCGGCUGGGCACUGCUGUAGAAGCGAGUAGGGCGGCCGAGGCAGCACUUGUGGCGAACUAUGUACCCGGUCGAUGUUGUUGCGCCCUGUUACCCUCCCUGCUGUAUGCUAUACUCCUUUAUGUAUGUCCUUUGUAUUGCCUUCGGCCUCUGUGCUGUGUUUUUUUUUUCAUGACCUCCCUGCCUUCUCUGCUGUGUUGGGUACCUUGAUCUCGCUUUGCUGUUGCCUUUGUUUUUUGUACGUCUGGCUGUCUGCCCAUCUGCCGCCUCUUUGCCCUGUUUGCUCCGUUACUCCCAUGCCCUGGUGCGUGGUGCCUGGUGCUGGUACGUUACCCUUUGAUUUUUCUUGUAGGCGGGUGUGUGAAGCGUCCUCCUUUAUUUUUGUUUUGUUUUAUUUUGAUCGGUUUCCUAGGGCUCUUUUCUCGAACGGUCGGUGCGAUACCUGUUAUUUCUUUCUGUCAUUUUUGUUUUCUUUUUCCGAGUGGUUUGUACCCUAUUUUUGUUCUUUCGUUUUCCCGCGGCGUCGUAUGUGCUUCUAUCAUUUUUGUUUUCUUUUUCCGAGUGGUUUGUACCCUAUUUUUGUUCUUUCGUUUUCCCGCGGCGUCGUAUGUGCUUCUAUCAUUUUUGUUUUCUUUUUCCGAGUGGUUUGUACCCUAUUUUUGUUCUUUCGUUUUCCCGCGGCGUCGUAUGUGCUUCUAUCAUUUUUGUUUUCUUUUUCCGAGUGGUUUGUACCCUAUUUUUGUUCUUUCGUUUUCCCGCGGCGUCGUAUGUGCUUCUAUCAUUUUUGUUUUCUUUUUCCGAGUGGUUUGUACCCUAUUUUUGUUCUUUCGUUUUCCCGCGGCGUCGUAUGUGCUUCUAUCAUUUUUGUUUU